AUGGGUGACUUUAACACCUGCCUUUUAAAAAAUGACUCCCGGGCAAAUCGUCUUCAAUCUGUAGUCAACGCCUGCAACCUGCAUAUCCUACCUCUAAAUGCUACCCAUUUCUUUCCUAGCUGCAAUCCUUCCUUGCUCGAUUUAAUCCUCGUCUCAUCUCCUGACCUUGUCGCUAAUUUUGGUCAGCUGCCUGCUGAUGGUUUUUCCUUCCAUAACCUUAUUUACCUCUCCUAUAAAAUUCGUCCUCCUAAAAUUAAACGUAAAAUCCUUAUGCAGCGCAAUUUUGGUGCUAUCGAUAUGGACUGUUUGCGCAAAGACGCCUCAGAAUGUAGUUGGUCUACUAUUGGUACUCUAUCUGACGUAAACGAUCAAGUUGAACGAUUUAAUAAAUUAAUUACAGAUCUUUACAAUAAACAUGCUCCUGUCCGCCCUGUCAGGGUUAAGCAUUUGCCUGCACCCUGGCUUACAGAUGAGAUCAAGACUAUGAUACUGAAAAAGAAUAAAGCUAAGUCCAAAUUUAGGUCAGACCCGGACAGAUGUCGGAAUGAUUAUAUCAGCGCCAGGAAUCUCUGUAAUAGGAUGUGUAGAGAAGCCCAAAGACGCCACAUUCACAAAUCCGUUGAAAACGGUGAUCCAGCUAAAGUCUGGAAAUUUCUCAAGUCACUAGGGGUUGGGAAAAAAAGUAAUGAUAACCCUGUUACUAUGGAUAUCGAAUGUCUCAACCAACAUUUCUGUUCAUCUCCUGCUAUAGAUAUUACUGUAAAAUCUAAUACACUACGUAAUCUUUCCUUCUUAUCCACCCCUGACUGCUCUCCUUUUUUCUUUGAUCAAUUGACCGAUUGUGAUGUUGAGAAGAGUUUGCUUUCAAUUUCUUCAAAUGCUGUAGGUAGCGACAGCGUUAGUCGUAAUAUGAUCUUGCCUAUUCUUGAUAUCCUUUUGCCCUCCAUUACUUUACUCUUCAAUAAGUCUUUGUCCUCUGGCGUCUUUCCCUCCAAUUGGAAAGAUGCUUUCAUUAUUCCUCUUCCCAAAAAAAAUAUUCCUACCUCAUUCGCCGAUUAUCGUCCUAUUUCCAUACUCCCUUUCCUAUCCAAAGCCUUAGAACGUUUGGUUCAACUAAGGCUUAAUUCAUUCCUAACCAGACAUAGUCUCCUAAAUCCUUUACAAUCUGGUUUCCGCCCCGGUCACAGUACGACUACCGCUCUUGUGAAAAUAACUGACGAUAUUCGUCUUGGCAUGGAGAACUCUCAGCUUACUGUUCUCACUUUACUUGAUUUCUGUAACGCAUUUAAUACUGUGGAUUUUGACAUCUUAUUAGGCCUAUUAUCCUCUCUCAACAUAUCUCCAACGGCUAUUGACUGGUUUCGUAGUUACCUGUUGGGGCGUCGGCAGCGUAUUCGCAUCGAUGACGCUCUGUCUUCGUGGUGCCUUACGUCAGCUGGCGUACCUCAGGGUGGUGUCUUAUCUCCCCUUUUAUUUGCAUUGUUUAUUAGCUCAAUCACUUCAAAACUUCAGUCUUCCUACCAUCUCUAUGCAGACGAUCUCCAAAUCUACACUCAGGCUGGUCUGGUAGAUAUAACUCAAGCCAUAUCCACUAUCAAUGACGAUCUUAGGCGUUUAUCUGUUUGGAGUGAGUCAUACGGCCUUGUUGUGAACCCUUCGAAGACACAAGCCAUUAUUAUAGGUAGCCCCAGAUAUAUUUCUCAAAUUUCUUGGAAUGACCUUCCGCCUGUAGUCUUCGACGGGGUUCUAAUUGAAUAUAGGAAAUCUGUUAAAAAUCUUGGUAUUGUAUUUGAUCGUACGUUGUCUUGGUCUCAUCAAGUCUCUGAGGUUAGUAGGAAAAUGUUUGCAGCUGCUGGUGGCUUGAACAGAUGUGCUAACUCUGUGCUUCGUGCCAUCUACUCCCACAACCACCACAAGGCCAUCCCGGGUCCAGCACUUUUUAAUCCCAAAAUGACGCCGUGCAACCAUGAACGCAUCGUGCCUUACUUUUGUGAGAAACUCAGAUAUAGUGAUACCACUGUUUCUGAGUGCAGUUUUGGCGAACCAGAUUUUGUUCCUCAAGGCUUAAUCGUGAAGCUUAACAAGAAUAGGUCGUGA